AUGCCACCAAUUCGCAAUAAAAAUCAAAAAAAUUCUGCUGAGCAAGAAGGACGAAUCCCAUUAGCUAUUUCUGAUUUAAAGAAUGGCAGAAUACGCUCUGUACGGAAAGCAGCAGAGAUCUAUAAUAUCUCACGGUCAACUCUUCAAAAUAGAAUCAACGGCAUGCCAUAUCGAGCUGAAAAACACGCCAAUAACCAUAAAUUAACUCAAUCUGAGGAGGAUUCGCUUGUCAAAUGGGUUAUUGAUUUAGAUCGACGUGGAUUACCUCCCCGGCACUCUCUCGUACGAGAAAUGGCUAAUUAUAUGCUUUUACAACGUGGCAAUCAACAAGUUGGUGAGAAUUGGGUAACCAAGCUGACUAAACGCCGUCCAGAGAUCGAUUCGAAGUUCUCACGAAGAUAUAACUAUGAACGCGCUAAAUGCGAAGAUCCGAAGAUAAUCCGGGAACAUUUUGAUCGCGUUAUUACUGGAAGCGAUCGAUAUGCACGGCUAAAGCUUUUACAGCCUGGGAAUCGAGAAUGGGUGACUGCAAUUGAGGCAACAAAUUCAACUGGAUGGGCUGUUCCUUCGUACAUUAUUUUCAAGGCAAAGAAAAACGUACGAUUAGGCUGGUUUGAUGAUCUUCCAAGUGAUUGGAAGAUCAAUAUUAGCGAGAAUGGUUGGACUACAGAUCAAAUAGGAUUAGAAUGGCUUACAACCCAUUUUAUUCCCUAUAUCAAUGAUCGUACAAUGGGAAAAUAUCGAAUGUUGAUUCUUGAUGGCCAUGGAAGCCAUUUGACUGCAGAAUUUGAUCGUAUAUGCACUGAGAAUAAUAUUAUUCCAAUCUGCAUGCCACCUCAUUCUUCACAUAUAUUACAGCCUCUUGACGUUGGCUGUUUUGCUGUUUUAAAACGGCAUUAUGGGCAGCUUGUUGAGCAACGAAUGAGGCUUGGAUUCAACCAUAUCGACAAAAUGGACUUUUUAAUGGCAUUUCCACAGGCUCGUACGGUGGCAUAUAAAGCUCAAACUAUUCGGAAUAGCUUCACAGCCACUGGAUUAGUGCCUUUUAAUCCGGAUCGAGUUAUUCAACAACUUAAUAUUCAAUUAAAAACACCAACACCCCCUCCGAGUCGAUCAAGCAAUACACAAUCAUCUUGCUUACAAACCCCUCAAAAUAUACGCCAAUUUGUACGCCAGUCAACUACAAUUACGAAACGUAUAAAUGAACGUACAGGAAGCCCAAAUCAAGUGAUUGAUCAAGCAAUUAUGCGGAUGUCAAAGGCCUAUGAAACGACUAUGAAUGAUCUUGUACUCGUACAGAAAGAAAACCGUGAUUUACGAGCUGCGCAUGGCAAAGAGAAACAAAAACGCCAAAAAUCUAAGAAACAGAUAUCUAUUGAGCAUGGGAUUACUGGCGAAGAAGCUCAAGCGCUCGUACAAGAUCAGGUUGAGGCAUCUCAAGCUGUUACUACUGCUCCGGGUGAGCUGGAGCUCCCAGCUUCUCAAGCAGUCGUACGCCGCCAAUUUCGCUGCAGUGGUUGUGGUGUUGAAGGACAUAAAAUUAAUCGAUGUCCUAAUCGUACUAGUAGUUAG